AAGAAAACGUACAUAUUCCUUCCUAGCGAAGCUUUCUGUGUAUACGGUGAAUGCACACGGAACAGGUGCACGCAGCCAAUUACUUCAUUUCUACGGUAACUUCGGUGUAUCAACCAUUGGACAUCGAAGAAGUGCUGUGCUGUGUUUUGAAUAAGUGAUUUUAAAGUUUUGAAAAAUAUUGAAACCUUGGUGGAGUGUUAGUUUCAACACAUCUCGUUCAUCUUCAAAAUUAAAAAAAAAGUCAAUUAAACUGCAGUUUUUUAAAUUCUUUUCAAAUGUAAAAUGAAGUUGUGCUAUAAACUUUUAACAACUAUUUUCAAAUAUUCCCAUUAAGUGUUUAAUAUUAGUGAUAUUAGUGAUGUAAAUUUUUGCAAUAAACAACAUAAAUGUGCUCUAGUUGUCAAGGAAACCAGCGAAUCAAAGUGGCGUGAUGUCGAGACAAUGGCCAUCAAGUGGUACAACGCGUAUGUUAAUGCCCUUUGGGCAUUUACGCUGGUUCUCCAUCUGUCUGCAAGCCAAGGUUUAAAUGACAAUCGCUGUUAUUUAGAAAAUGGAGCAUCAUCCGAAAAUUUUUUCGUGUCAGAAAAUAAUUCAGUCGGUUCUACCAUCGGUCAAGUAAGAGUUCAUGGAGACCCUCGACCUGGAGGGACGAUCGCACUUCGCCUCAAAGAAAUCGACAGCCCUAUAGCCAUAUCACCCGGAACAAAGAACUUAACUCUUCGUCGAAAAUUGGACAAGGAAGGAGUCGAGGGACCAUCUUCCGUUUUCAUCAAUUUGAUAUGUGAAAGACUUCAUACUUUAGAUCCUGGAUUUGUUAUCCCCAUUAACAUUAGAGUGACUGAUGCUAAUGAUAAUUCGCCAGUGUUUAUAAACUCUCCCUACGUGUUAAAUAUUUCAGAAGUAACUGUUGUGGGCACAAGAGUGUUACAAGGUGUACAUGCGAUAGACAACGACCAGCAAGGUCCUUUCUCUAGUGUAAAAUAUUCAGUGUUACCAGGGCCACAUUCUGACUAUUUCGAAUUUGAAAAUGAACUGGAAGGAACUUUAGUGUUAAGAAAACCUCUGGACUAUGAAACCCUGAAGAGUUUUGACGUGAAUAUUCGUGCUCAGGACCAUGGAGAACCCCCUAAAAAAACGGACACAGUGCUAACAGUCCACGUAGUUGAUGCUGAUGACCAAAACCCACGAUUUUUGGACGACCGUUACACGGCAAGUGUACCAGAACCACCAAAGCGAGGCAGCGUGUUAAUAGUCAAACCGAGAGAUAUCAAAGCUUUCGAUCAAGAUUUGGGAAUUAAUGCCCCAGUUUUCUACACUUUCAAUGGUCUGGGGACUGAUUACACAUAUUUUAAAAUCCACAGAAAUUCAGGGACAGUGAGUUUGUCUCGUGAUUUAACGGACAGUGAUUUACACCAUCCUGCAACUCUUGUUAUCAGGGCUACUCAACAAGAUAAUCCUGAUCGUUAUGCUUUAGCAACUUUAACAGUUUCUAGAAAUUUAGAUAACGGCAUUAGAUUUUUGCAUAGAACAUUUCACUUUAAAGUGUCAGAAUCAUCGCCAGUUGGAGUAACUGUUGGAACGUUUAGCAAUAAUAGGCCGAAUCAACAUUUACGUUAUUUUGUAUCAGACCAAAAUAUUCUUAAACUUUUUGCGAUCAAUACCAAGGGAGAGCUGUCAUUACGAAAAAAAUUGGAUUACGAAGAUAAACCAGAUUACGUCUUUAAAGUUUUUGCUACUGACGGAAUUACGAAUGACUCAAGUGUGGUAAAUGUAAGCGUACAGGACAUCAACGAAUGGGAACCUCGUUUUCGCUAUCCCCACUACGAAUUUUUCGUUACCGGCCAACCAAAUGAAUUAAUAGGUCGAAUAGAAGCUGCUGACGGUGACAAGAAUGAUAAAUUAACGUUAACACUAAAUGGAGUUAACGCAUCUAUAUUUUUUAUCACUCCGAGUGGAGAACUAAGACUUCGCGAAACAGGAGGACAUAAAGGAAUAGCUAAUUUGGGCGUCGUAGCUACAGAUAGUGGUAAUCCGCCUCGGAGAGCCAGCGUUCCCGUAACAGUCCACUUUCCCGAAUCUGGCGAUGCUGCCGGUAUUAUAUCUUCUAGAGGAAAUAAUGGAGCCCCGCUUCUUCUGGCCGGACUUGGUGCAAUACUUCUACUCUUAGCAUUUGUUAUAGCAUUGCUGGUUGCCUACAUUUGUAAAGCGAAAAGGUCGCCUAGACAAGAGCUUCCAUCGCUGCAACCUGAAAAGUCACAAGCUACUCCUGCGAUGACCGAAAGAAUGAGCAAUCCCAUGUUCGGAGAUCGAGUUAAAACACAUACAGCCUCUGCAAUGGGUGGUAUCCCAAGUGAUUUAGUUAAAUCUAGAAUACCAAGCCCUAAGGUGCAUCCAGCGCCACAGCCGCCGGGUUGGCCAUCUUCCGCUUCAUCCAGCAGAACAAAAAAGUUAAGCUGGGGAGAUGACAAGACUGACUCGGAUAGUACAGACAACAUAAAUAACAUCGACACCACGCCAAAACUUAUAGAUAAUACAAAUUUAACAGUUUAUUUUUAAUAAAAGCUGUAAUAACUAAUGUAUUA